AUGGCGUGUGGCUGCCCAGUUUGCACCUAUGUUUCCUACCUAGCCUCCCAUGUGGCUAGGUGUGGCCGUGUGACUCAGUUUCCCCCAAUGACAUGUGAGAAACCUGGAAAUGAGCCUGAAGAGGUGAAGCUGCAGAAAGCCAGCAAACAGAUCGUGCAGAAUGCCAUCCUGCAAGCUGUUCAGCAAGUGUCCCAGGAGAGCCGGCAGAGGGAAGACAGAACCGGUGACAACCAGGGCAACUUCCAGCUGGGCGUGGGGGAAUUAACCAAGAAGCACGAAAAGAAGUAACACAGUGGAUCUGGCUCUUGGCAUAUGCCUGGUUACCAGCCUUCCUCUUAGUAUAGGAUGCGUUGCCAAAACGUUGCCAGUAAAGCAAACCAAAGUGUCGUCAGCACCUAGCAGUAGAAUGAAUUCGUGCUAGUCCUUGGCUGAGAAGCACUGUUUUGAAAAAGUGCAUUAGAAGAUUCUGUUUAUAUUAAGGCAGUGCCUCUGAAACAUAGCAGGGCCAAAUACAACACUGUAAUUGCAAAAGUAGUUUUGCAACACAAUUUAUUUUUAAGGUUCUUUUUUUUCUAAAGAUUCUGUCUUGUUUGUUUACUUUCGCCCUUGAUGCAUCUUUCUGUGAAUCUAAGCAGCAAUCCUUUUUGCUGAAAAACUGAGUGCAGUACUGUGUCCUUUAUAAUAUUUUAAAAAGACAUGCUGGAGAAGUGAAGGAAUGGAGUUUGUCACCUUCAAAUAUGGAAUUAAAGGCUUCACUGAGUUCAGGUCUCAGAUCCAAUUGAGCAAAGGCAAAUUUUACGGCUUAGUCCCUCAGGUCUUACAAGGCAUAUAUUUAUAUUACUUUUUAAAAAGGAGGAGUUUAACUUUUCAAGAACUCAGUUUCUUGGUCUCAGUUCUCUCAAGUGUUUGAUACGGGGUGUUUACCCUCUGUGCAGAAAUCCUUGGGAAAUACAGAUUUCUUUCUCCAUGUCAAACUAAGACAAGUGAUAGAUCUGUAUGCAUGCCUUGCCCAUGACUCUGUUUUUUAGCAGCCCUGUGAAGAGCAACUAGACCCACAGAUUCCAUGCUGGGGAUACACUAGGGUCUGAUUAUGGGGUGCAGUGUCCUUGGACAGAGCUGUGGGGCUUUAUAAAUACUAUGUCGUCAUCGGGCUACACAUUUGCAAUAGUACCUUACUAGUGGGAGCCUUUCUUUUCCCCUCCACAAAUUAAAAUUACAUUGUUGAGUUAUAAAAAUCAUGCACAUCAGGAAUAAAUAACCCUGCAAAUGGGAAAAGCAUUUUUCAGCUCUCCGAAGCGUGACAAUACAGUGGGAACAAUAAAGUAACUGUUUUGGGCAAUGCAGUAUAGAGAUCUACGUGUGUAUGAAAAAAGUCAUCUUCAUUGCCAUAGUAUGACUUCUGCUCCACUCCCAUGUGGAUAAUGCACAUCUCUCUGAAGUCAUUAGAACCCCAUAGUCUGGGUUUCACCACAGUCACUGAGUUGGUGCUACUGAGGACAGAGAGAGAAUUUGACCUUUAGUAAGAAAUCCUUUGGCUUUAGAAUAUCGAUGUCUACGUUUAAUAGUUUUUUAAAAAGCCAGUAUUAGCAUAUAUGGUAUGGCUGAUAUUAAGAUCUACUUAGAGAAUUCCAGUAUGCUACACUUUCCAGAAUGGAUACUAUUGAUGAUAGUAAAUGAAUGAAAACACUCUCUUAUCAACUGUAGGGCUAUCUCGUAUGAUGCACAGGUGGAAUAAAUUCACAGGGAGAAUGGCGACGAGAGGGAGCAGAGGGGGUUAAAAUUUAAAUGUGAUUUAUUCAUAAAUAUUUUUUGCGUCAUGAACUCAUGACAAUUGAAGAAGGAGUUUAAGUUGAUCUGAAGUCAUAUAAUUGAUAUAUAAUUGUACAGUGUACUUAAUGGGAAUGAAGGGAUUAAGGGAAAUUAUUCGGAAGGAUCUAUAAUAAAAAAAUAAACCCAAUGCUUGUAGUUUGCAAGUGAUCUGGCACCAUGUCUACUGAGAUGUCUGGGCAUAACCACCCCUGGACCUCGCUGUCAUUAUCGUGUGGCAGAAACACAGAAAUGUAUCAUCUUUCCUCUCUGGUGUGUCUGUGCUAACCCAGUGGGGAUCUUUGAGAACAUCUGAUUAACCUCUGUAUCUAAAUAUUAUUUGUAAAUAAAACAUACCCAGCUUUGAAAUAUGUUGUCAUUGUAAGCCA